AUGCACCGGUUCACAAACGAUAAUUUUGAGCAAUGUCUGUCCCAACCGGACAAGUUUCUAGAUCUAGAGGACGCUGCUCUCAACGAUGCUGAGAUGAUAGACGAAAUAGUUGCUGAUCCCCUGAGGUUAAUCGAUCGAACCAAGGAUCCAAUUCAGACAUCAGACGAAGACCUCAAAGGGCUCGGAGAAGUAUUGAAGGACGUCUUUUACACUCAUUACAGUGAGAUCUUCGGUAAAGAUGGUGAUCUUUGUGUCGAAGAUUAUUUCCGGGAUGUUGACAUGUGGCGGAUUUUGAAUAAUGUCAAUUUAAUUCACAACGAAGACGACCUUCAGUGGCUCCUAGGCGGUGAUAUCCUCGUAGGUGGAGUUCAUAAGCUGUUUCUUUCGCUUCAGUGUUGGAAACAGAGCCCCACAGCCAUCGAAAGGGAGGAGCGAAUGGCGGUACGGAAAGCUAUCGCAGCUCAAGUCUAUCGUGAGACUAUUGAACGUCUGGAAAAGCAAAACACACAGAGAUUACAAGCGGACCAACUAGCCAAAAUUCGACUUGAACAAAAGGCCAUCAAGUUGGCCAAAAGAGUCGAAGAGGCCCGAUUGGCCAAGAUCCGACUUGACAAGGCAAAAUAUGCUCGAGAAUCAAAUUCUCGAGCAAUGCAUUGGUUGAAAAAUGAAAAGGUACCAAUCGAGCUUAUUUCUGAGAAAGAAGAGCUAUACCUAGCAGAACAAGCCAAUCGCAUUGCUGAGUAG